AUGGUGCUGGACAGCAAGAUCCUUUUUGGGAAAGAAACGACGAUGUCCAGUUCUGUAGCCAAGGAGGAAAAGUCUCCGAUAUCUUCGUUGCCAGAUUCGAUGGCCGUGAGCUACCUGGCUCGAGUGUCAAGAUCAGAUCACUUAGCCUUAUCUCUCGUCUCCAAGAAACACCGCUCUCUCGUAAAUUCAUCUGAGCUCUACAAGACACGAUCGCUAAUGGGUCUCACCGAAGCGUGCCUCUACAUAUGCUUAAGCAUCAAGCCUGACACAACCCCUCGCGGGUUCAUCCUCCGCCGUGCCGCGCAGAGAAGGCUGAUCCCGAUCCCGAUCCCUUUAAACCCUUCUCAGCCUCCAGUUUUUUCUUCUUUUGUGGUGCUGGAUUGGGGGAUUUAUGUGAUUGGUGGCUUCACAAAAGACACUCGCACGUCCGAUGUCUGGCUCCUCGAUUGUCGGACUAACACAUGGCGCCACGCCCCUUCCAUGGGAGUGGCUCGACUUCUCCCAGCAGCUGGCGUCGUAGGUGGGAAGAUUUACGUGUUUGGAGGCUGCGACGACUUGGAUUGCUCGAACUGGGCAGAGGUAUUUGACCCAGUGACCCAGUCUUGGGAUACUUUGCUGCCUUUGCCUGAUCGGAAUGAAAGUGAUAAUUUAAUCGGCGAGGCCCUAGUGAUGGAGGACAAGCUCUACGCCGGAACCUUCUUCUACUCCCCCAGUGACUCUACAUGGGGAAGAAGGACAAGGCCAGAAACACUACGUUAUUGUUGUGUGAUAGAGGGUAUGUUGUACGGUUGUGAUAGCUUGGGGAAUUUGGUUUGGCGUGAGUCAGAGGAAUUGGAAUGGAAUCAAGUGAAGGGUUUGGAGGCUCUACGCAUGAAUUUUUCUAGUCGGGUCUCCCGCAGAUCCUCUCUGUUCGAAAAGCGUGUCAGCAAGCUGAGCAAUUUUGGUGUGAACAUUGUCGUUUUUUGGGUUGGGCCUCGGUGGGACGUUUGGUGUGCUGAGAUUUCCUUGGAGAGACGCAAGGAAGAAGGUGAGGUCUGGGGCACGAUUAAGUGGUCAGAAGCUGUCAUUACAGUUGAACAUGCUCCUUUUGCUAGAGUUGAGGUUGAGGUUUUGUAUGCUGCUUCUGUCAAUGUCUAA